AGCGUGGUUGUCAGACCGGCCGGUGCGCAGGGAAAGUUGCGGCAGGGAGCCAUGUGACUAGCUUUAAAGGGAUUUUACCACUUUAAAUCGCGACAACCACAUUGACAGGGUUACACGGUGAUUUAAACUGAAUUACUCGAAGAAGAUGCGAAGAGCAAGAAUUAUUAUUAAACCCAAUGUCAGGCCAGGAGGUCGAGGUGUGGCACCCGCAGCUGAGGACAAGAGCUCCCAAGGGUCCACAGCUGUUGAUGACACCCAUCAAAAGCUGUCAUCUUCUCCACAGUCUCAGCUGGAAGUCAAAGAGUCUGCUGUGGCGACAGGAGAUGGAAAUGUGCCCGGCUGUCCAUCAGAGAAAGCAUCACUGAACAUUAAUGAUGGCGCGCCAUCUAGUGUCAGCACACCUGCAACUACAGUACAUCAGAGGAGGAGCAGAUUCUCUGCCACACCAAACCUGGCCAGACCCAAAGUCUGUUCUGCUCCUCCAUCCACUGGAAAGACUGUUUCUCUUCCAACAGAGCCAUCCAAGAUAUCAUCCCCUUUCCAGGCAGCCAAGUCUUUUCCUCAGUCUCCCAUCCCAGUUGCUAUCAGCAGAGAUGAUUCACAACACUCUACAUUCUCAGAUGCCACUACAGCAGCUAACUGCCCUCCAUCCUCACCAUGUCUUCCAUCCACAUUUGGCUGUCCAGAAUCUCCAUCAUCAACACCGUCACAACAAGAGCCUUGCCGAACUCCCCAAAAAAUCCCAAAUGAGGAUUUCAGGCCUCAAGAAGGAGCAACUCCAAUGUCAUGCACACUCUCACCGUAUGUGAAACUGUCUCGUGUUGAUGGACCAGACUCUCCUCUCAGGGAUAAAAUUUCUUCUGACAAGCGGCUGGUCUUGAGGGCCCUCAAACUGAAAGAACUGAUGAAGCUGGAGAGGAAGAAAGAAAGAAUGGAGAAGAAGAGUAGACUGCAUAAACGUGAGCAUUGCAUUGAGCCAGAUCAUGAAAAAAUGACUUUAGCUGGCUUCAUUUAUUACCUGCCAGAGUCAAACCCUAUGAAGUCCUCCCUUUCCACAGAGGAGACUCAAACACAGACCACUGCUCCACCAACUCCCACGGUGCAGAAAAAUAUGGCAGAAGCAGACGAGGAGGAGGAAGAUGCUGAUGAGGAACUGCUUGUUCCCAAAGUCAAGGUGGCAGAAGAUGGCUCACUGAUUUUAGAUGAAGAAAGUUUGACAGUGCGCGUGCAAAGGACGUCGGAUACAGUUGUGGAGAAUGCAAAUCCACUGUUUGAGCGAGGCUCUACUACAACAUACACAAGUUUCAGGAAAAAAUGCCAUGUGAAAAAUUGGUCUAUCAGAGAAACGGAUAUGUUCUAUUUGGCCAUUAGUAUGGUGGGAACAGACUUCUCCAUGAUUGCUCAGCUGUUGACUCACCGUAGCAGAGCAGAAAUUAAGAAUAAAUUUAGGAAGGAGGAGAAAACAAAUUCAUGGCGAGUGGAUAAAGCUUUCAGAAAUAAGCAACCAUAUGACAGCGAGCUUUUCAGUUUCCUGCUCAAAAGGAUCUUGGCCAAAGACAAACAAAAAGGCAAAUCCAUAAAACUGGUUGUGAAAUCCAGUAAAGCAAAGAAAAGCAAAGGUGGUAAAAAAUCCAAACAGCUUGAGGACAAGGACUUAAUUAAUGAUGAUGAAGAUGAUGAAUUGUGCAGUGUGGACAGUGUCUGUUUUGAUUUAGAAAAGGAGAAUGAGGACAGCAGUGAUAUGAAUGAAGCGGAUGUGUUGUCAAGUACAAGCAAGAAGCGUAAACGCACAAAAGACACUGAGCCAAAAGUGUUGUCAUGUGAGAAAGCGUGCAAGCAAAGGAAGAAAAACAAGACACCGAAAAAAGUACUGAAUGAAGAAUCUGCUGAUGGAGAAAAUGGCACAGUGAAUGACGAGUGUAAUGAGGCUUCUGGCAUCCAAACUAAAAAACAGAAAUGCUCCAAAAAGUGCAAGAAGGAAGAACAGGAACUUACAAAAUGUAAACGGAAGACUAAAAAGAGCAAAAAAUCACAGCAAGAGUGUACUGGAUCUGAGCUGGGUGCUGACUGUAGUGAAGUCCUCUUAACAGACCCCGGUGCUGAAGAUGAUCAUGGCUCCUCCAAACAUUCAAAAAGGCUCAAUUUGGCAAAAAGAAAAGCCAAAAAAUGUUCAGAGCCAAAAGCAACAGUAGAGAUUGAGGAUACAGCAGAAGAAUGUCAAGAUAAGAGCUGCAGCGGAGCAGAGAAUGAGUUGAGGAUCAUCCGUCUUGCAGAGAAACAGCUGCAGAAUCAGCCGGUAGUUGUUCUGGAAAGAACUCCUUCAAGGCUAAAAGGUUCACACAGCUCAUCUGAAAGCCAAGACCAACCACAGUCCUCCCAGAGCCCGCAGCAUUCUCCUGGACGGCUGAUGAGAGCAGAAAAGGUCAAACGCAAUCUGACUGCCUCCGGUGAUGGUAGUGAAGUCUCGAAAGCAGGCCCCGGUGUUAAAGAGGAUCAAGGUGUCAGGGUGAAGCUCAUUCCAGAGAGCUCAACUAAGGAGCAGAUUUCACAAAGCUCCUCCAAACAUUCUCCUGGGCGGCAGACGAGAGCAGACAAGGUCAAGCACAAUCUGACUGCUUCAGAAGGGGAUCAGAUAGACCAGUGUCAUACUGGCUCACAUCCAUCACCAGAGGAUGUGAGCAGCACUACCAUGCUGAAUCAACUGGGCAUCCAGGACUCUAAAGAGAUGGAGGAUGAUCAACGCAUGGAGGAGGAUUUAAAUUUACAUCGUUUAGAGUUUUUAACUCCAUCUGAAGUAAAUUGUCAGACAUUACUGAGAAGAGCAGUUGUGUUGGUGUCUAAUGACGAAGUGAAGCACUACCUCAGGAGUCAAGCACAAACCACUGCAGAGGAAUCAACAACCUCUGAGAGUCCGCAGGACACAGCACCUGCCAGAGGCCAUCAUGUGGGAGAGCAUAGGGAUGGUCUUGAUGAGCACGGCUCCUCUAGUGGUGUUCUGGAAGAGAGGGUCUCUCAAGAUCCAGAUGUGAAGGAAACCGACACUGCCUCUGUUUCUGCCCAACUAAGCAUUGCUGAAAAAAGGAGAAGGUUUUCCAAGCCCAAACCCAGUCUGAGCCGGGCAGCACAGUCCAUCCGCAGACCUCUGAAUGAAAAUACCCAGUCUUUCAAACAUGAAUCAGUGCUGCUGCAAUGUAGCAUUCCUGUGGAAGUCCAAGUGAAGAUUGCUCCAAAUGAAUGCCUUGUUGAAGAGCACAGGGACCGUCCUGAGGAAGAGCUUACAUGUUGUGUUACUCCAGAAGUGAGCGGCCCUCAGGAUGUGAAGGAUGAUGAAGCAGAAAGCACAGUAGAUGAUCUUCCUUCCUUGACAUCAGUUGUGAGUAAGACAGAGGACCCGGAGAUCGAACUCUUUCUUGAGAGGCCUCUGGUUCCUGACACCACACCGUCAGACAAAGAUGUGCCUGAAAGAAGAAGAGAAUUUGAAAGGUCUCCAUCUCGGACGUCUGAGAAUGAAGAUCGAAUUACUGAUCAGGAGGAACAGGAUUCAGAGGCUGUUGAGUCUGAAGUCACAGACACUAUGAUCGAGGAACCUCAGACAGAGCAGAAGAGGAUUAUUCCAGUCAGCUGUUCUGCUGAUGGUUCCUCAGUUUAUGCUCAGGGCAGUAUUGCCCCAGAGAGACACGGUCAGUUUGAUGAGCAAACACCCACCAAGCUGGAAGGGGCAUCUCUAGUCAUGAUAAACCUUCAACAGACCUCAGAGCCUAAUGAAGAUCCUGCUGAGAAGCCUGAACAUAAGAGUCCUGUUAAAGCCAAGCAUAGUGAUUUGGAUCAUGACAAAGAGAAGAUCUCCAGAGAAGAUAAGCUUCUGUCAUCUGAAGGAACUUUACAGGAACAUAAACAGGAUGAGGAUCUCCUGUCCCCUUUUUCUGAUCCUCCAAACGAACCUGCAAGCAACAUGUCUGAUAUGGACAUGAUGCAGUUUAGUGAGUCUGCAGCUGAAGACGUUCAAAUACCAGACGAGCAGGAUUCAGAAAAUCAGGACGGCACAGAGGAGCCAUCAGAAGCUUCUGAGGAAUGCAGUGCCUCUCUCAAUGAAAAUGCAAAAUCUGAAAUUUCAGAUUCAGCUGGAGUGGAUACAGAUAAACAUUCUGAGGAGGAGCCCACAUUUAUUUUAACUCUAUAUGAGAUUCCAGUCUCUGAGUCUGCCUUUGGGCAGCAGGACACUCCCCCUUAUGAACUGCAGCCAGCACAAGUCCAGACACCCUUGCUGUUCUCAAGCAGUUCACAUUCUCAUUACUUCACAUUAGAGCCUUCCAGUGCAUCUCCGAACAUGGCGUCUGAAGAGACCAGUAAUCUAUAUAAAAGUAGUUCUCGCAAGGUGGUGGAUGACUCCCUGGAUCCUCUUUCAAAGGAAGCAGCAGAUGAUGCUAGUACACAAUUGAUAUCCUCACUGGAAAGCAGUUGUGAUGAUGUGAACUCUUUAAUUAGUCCACUCGGGAUGUUCUCUUGUAAUUCUGCCACGCCAACACAUGUGCUGAAAUUGGAUGAGAUCCUGACAGAAUCCCCAGAAACUAAAGCACCUUCUCAGAGGAGAUGUAGAUGUCAGAAUUUACCAACAUCUCAAACCACAGCACAAACUGAGAUUGAGACCAACCAGAAACUAUCUGUGCAGGAAACAAUUGGUCCUGAAAGCCACUCAAGCCUUGAAGACAGUGAGAGGGAAGCCCGUCCUGGGCCUGAUGGCAUGAUAUCAACAGCCAUUGUUCCAGGGUCUGAAGAUAUGAGAGAUGAGAGUCACCUGAAGUGGGAAUGUCCUCUCAGAACAGAACUCCAGAGGAAUGAGGACUCUGUUGUUGACCCUCCAGUACACAGUACAUUCAUAAAGGAGUCUGAGGGGAACAACGAAGCUGGUUAUGAGGGUAUUUCACACAUAGUGUUGGCUGAUGCCUUCGUACUCUCAUCAGAAGAAAUGAAGGAUGUUUUUAAUAAGGAAAAAGAAAGCCCUUAUGAUAGUGAGCUCCAAAUACCUGAGGGCUUAUCUGUAUGUCUGACAGAGAGUGAGAAAUCUGUUCAUUCAGUUAUUGACCAAGAGGAAAUAAUGGCAGAUAUUUCUAAAAAUCCUGAUACUUGCAGAGAGAGAUGUGUGUCAUCAUCUGCAUUUCAAGAGAAGACUAUGCCCUCUAGGAGAGGCAAGUUGCAAGUGAAGCCUAAAAUCCCCAAAACAACAUCUACUGAAGACGAUUGCUCUAGACAGAAGCUAUCUGACUUUGGGUAUAAUGAUCCAGCCACAACUCAAAUAAUUUCACCAGAACCUCUGAUUAAAGAAGAAUCCAGUAAAGUGGAACAGAGAUCCGAGCAAGAAGUUUUCUCUGAUAUUCCAAAGGAGGAAUUAGACGGAGAGCCUGCUGGGAUUGCUUCAUCCUCACAACUUCAACAGCUUAUACCAUUCAGCACUGUAAAAUCAACAGCAUGCACUGAAUUGCAUCCAGUGGAACUGAAAACAGAGGGUAGGCAUGAGGAUGCGUCACAUGUGGUGUUGCCUGAUAUAUUGGUGCCGGUUUCUGCUGAAAUGGAAAAUGGUGAUCAUAUGGCGAGUGGAAGUUCUGUCCAAAGCAGUCUCCAAAUGGGUGAAGAGAGCCAGCAGGUUGUCGCUGCAGAAGCAGACCAGGAGGUGCUUUCGCAUGAGGGUGUUUCACACAUGCUGCUGACUGAUAUGUUGAUCCCCGUCUGUGAGAAAAUGGAAGAUGAUUUAAACAAGGAACGGACAACAGCUGGAGAGAAAAGCCCUCAUGAGGAAGGAAGAUCUCAGGUGAGAGAGGAUCCAGAUACCGCAGACCUGUUCUGUCAAGUGUCACAAUCAUCAAAUGUGGGACCAUCAGUAUCACCCAAGAGGAAAAGACCCACUCGAAAGAAAAGCAAGUUAUUGGUAAAGAUGACGUUUCCCAAAAGAAAGACUGGAGAUUCCCCUAAGAGUGGCGAGCAAUCACAAACCGUUCCUCUGUCAAUCUUAAUCUCGGAGUCAACACAGUGCAGUGCUGAGACAUGUGCUCACUUCCUGCCCACUGGCUCGGAGAACCAUGAGGAAGCAUCUGGGGGAGGUUCACACAUUGUGCUGUCUGAUAUUUUGGUGCCUGUAUUGGAUGAGACCGCUGAAUGCAGCCAUCACAAAGACCCCUUAUCUGCUGGUCUUCAAGAAGUUGAGAAGUCAACAGAUAUUGAGAGACCAACAAAUACUGAAAUGGAAGAGAUGACCUCAAGUCAAUCUGUGGCAGUGGAAUGGAAAACACCUUGCUGUAGAAGAGGCACACUGCGUCCAAUGCCUAAACUGUCAAAAAGAAAAGAUGAUCCUUCAGAAAAUGACCUCGGUCAGCCCAGCUCUACACAGACCUCUUUAGCUACACCUCAGCAGUCCCUGGACCCUCAAGCUGCGGAAUGGUCUCUCAGAAGCAAUAUGCUGCCCGUGGACUCAGAUGAGAUGGAGAACUGGUGUGAAGGAGUUUCCCACAUGUUGCUGUCAGAUGCAUUUGUGCCCGUUUCUGAAGAGACUGGAGAGAACAGCACAGAGCUAAAAGUGUUUGUCUUAAGCAGUCCUCAUAAGCAUGAGCAAACCACGCUUAGUCCGACAAAGAGUGAGGAGACAACCUCUGAAAUUUCAAGUGAUGUACACCAAUUAGACACUACUUCUGACAUGAGAAAAUCAAAUGAGAGUCUGCCAGCAUCACAAGCAAAAAAAUCACCAGCAAGAAGUACAUUUCAGAUGACACUAAGGUCACCUGAAAGACGCCUUAAAGAUCAGCCUUGUAUGCUGAAGUCAACCCAAGCUGACCCAACAGCACCUCAGCGAACUCCGACAUCAAAAGUGCAAGAGUCCAUGGGAACUCCAACAAGACAACAAACAGAAGAGAUCUCAAGUGCAUGCUGGGUACAGUUAGAAAGGUUAUCUGUAGAGGAAAUCUGCAGUGCUCAAAGUGUCCUGCAACCAAAGCACCACAGCACACCUGUCACUGUAAAACCCACUUCUAGAGGGAAUGAGAUGGACAAGGCAUCUCUGGCUUUGCAUGGAAGCAGAAGCUCUGGUUUAGGAUCACCCAUGCCGCCAGGUUACUCGCCAAGGGUUGUCCUUCAUCGUAUACCAUUAAAAGCUACUGAUGAGAACAUUUCUACACAUACUUCGUCCCCAGCUAGAGUGUCCACCACACCCUCCCGAACACAGGCUCAUCAGCAGUCUCCUCAAAACAGCCCUCCCGUCUCCAGUUUGGAUGCUGAUGAGACUCCUGAUCAAGUGUCCCACAUCUUACUGCAUGACAUCUUCACUGAAGUUGUGGAUCUGGAUUGACUUUCAUUUGGAUUGUUUUGGUUCAGUUUCACUGCUGCUAUUCCAGUUCAUUGCACUUACUGGACGAUGUGUAACACUGUUACACUGCUAAUUUUAGACCUGUUAGUAAUUGUAAUAUAGUUCCUCUAAUUAAAUUUUGUUCAUGAAGGGAACAUUUAUAAAUAUUAUAUACAUUACUGUUAUGAGGCCUUUGCCCUUCUUUGGUGAUGAGCCAUGCGGUGAUACAGGUUAAGUCACAGCUCUGUUAUUUAUUUCUAUUUAUUUAACGCUGAACAUCGAAACACUUUUAUCAGUGUGUUUUUACUGAGUGAUCUUGUUUUGUUCUGUGCAAAUAUAUUUGUUUUUAUGGUUACUGUAUGUUACUUUCAUUUGUUUUUCUUUCUGAGGGCAAAGCCCUUUUUGUGGGUUAUAAUACCUUUCUCCAGUGAGAAUAUAUUAUAAAGAAUGUUUAUGAAUAAUUAGAUAUUGUUAGUUGUAUUUGCAAUUUGUGGUACAGUCUGGAUAUUACAGCACUGGAGAAAUUAUAAGUAAAUAAAUGAAUAAUCACUUUCUCCAA